CUCCCGGAAGGUGAGAGACUGCCUCAGGCGGACUGCUUCAGGCGGACCGCCUCAGGCGGACUGCCUCAGGGCAAGCGAGGGAGGAGUCCUAGGCUCCAGCAGGAGUCCAGGAGAGAAGAGAAGUUUGGCGUGAGGGUGCAGCCACCAGCCAGCAGAAGGGAGGUGUAUCAGGCACUACCUGGAGACCAGGUGCUUUCAUCUUCUUCCAUCCUCCUGCCUGCUGUCACUGACCCUAGUGUCAUCAUGCCUCGGGGGCACAAGAGUAAGCUCCGGGCCUGUGAGAAACGCCAGCAGGCCCGUGGUGAAACUCAGGGUCUCCAGGAUGCUCAGGCUACCACAGCAGCAGAAGAGGAGUCCACUCCCUCCCCCUCUCCUCAGCCUGGAGCUGUUGUCCAGAGCCCACCAGCUGCUGCUGGGUCAUGUAGCACUUCCCAGGGGCCUCGAAGAGCACCGGCCACCACCACUGCUUCUGCAAGCGUUUCUUACACUACAUCUGGUAAAGCUUCCGACAGCCAAGAUGAGGCUAGAGCAAGCACCCCCAAGGCUCAACCCUCCACUGAGAGUUCAGGCCUAGAUUCUUUAAGCAAGAAGGCUGUGUUGUUGGAGCAGUACCUUCUGUACAAGUACAAAAUGAAACAGCCCGCCAUGAAGGCAGACAUGCUGAAGAUUAUCAACCCAAACUAUGAAGACCGCUUUGCUGAGAUUCUCAAGAAAGCCUCUGAGCACAUUGAAGCUGUCUUCGCGUUAGAACUGAAAGAAGUCGACUUACCCAGUCGCUCAUAUGAUCUUGUCAGCAAAUUGAAGCUCCCCAACAAUGGGAGGGUGCGAGGUGGCAGAGGGUUACCCAAGACCGGCCUCCUGAUGAAUAUCCUGGGUAUGAUCUUCAUAAAGGGCAACUGUGCCUCUGAAGAGGAUAUCUGGAAGUUCCUGAGUAUGAUGCAAGUAUAUGCUGGGAGGAAGCACUACAUCUAUGGGGAGCCCAGGAAGCUCAUCACCAAAGAUUUGGUGAGGCUGCAAUACCUGGAGUCCCGGCAGGUGCCCAACAGUGAUCCUCCACGCUAUGAAUUCCUGUGGGGCCCGAAAGCCCACGCUGAAACCAGCAAGAUGGAAGUCCUGAAGUUCAUGGCAAAAAUCAGUGAUACCGUCCCCAGUGCUUUCCCAUGCUAUUAUGAAGAAGCUUUGCAAGAUGAAGAAGAGAAAGCCCGAGCCAUAGAUGCAGCCAGGGCUACUGCCAAAGUCUGUGCACCUUCUGGGGCCGUCCCCAGCAAUAUCUACCCACCUCUACUGAAGUCUGAGAAUCUUCCAGUCAAGAAACUAACAUCACAAUAGGGAUUAUGUUCUUGGAAAUGUGAAAGAAUCCCACAGUAAAAUUGUUUGGAUAAUGGAAUAGAAAAAAAAAGAUCAAUCUUAGUUUUCCUUGUUGCUUUUAGUCUUUAGCUUUGUAAACUUAAAUGAGUUAUACUUUGAAUUUCUUAGCUUAUUCAAGAAAGUAAUAGAAAUGACUUUUUUACAGAAUAACUGUCAAAAAUAAAUGUCUGUUGUUUAAGCCCCCCAGUCUAUGGUAUUUUUGUUA